AAUUACCAAGACAUGAACGCUUUGAAAUUCGUCUACCACGAGUCUGGGCUCAAGUAUGUCAGAGAUACUGGCAGAGAUGCCUGGCUAAUAAUAUUAUUGCGCUGCUUCCGCAUGCUCGCGUAUGGCACGAUCUCUCUUAUCUUGGCCCUCUUCUUCUCUGCUCUUGAGUUCUCGGACUUCCGUAUCGGAUUGUUUAUGACUUUGACCCUCUUGGGCGACGUUAUUCUCUCUGCUGGACUGACCUUGAUCGCUGACCGGGUAGGUCGGCGGAAAGUCUUACUGGGUGGAUCCUUCUUGAUGGUAUGCUCAGGUGCAAUCUUUGCUUUGUUCGAGAACUUCUGGAUUCUGCUUGUUGCGGCUGUCAUUGGCGUGAUUAGUGCUACUGGCGGUGAUUUCGGUCCAUUCCGCGCUAUCGAGGAAUCUACACUUUCUUCACUCACGACGCCCAAGACCCGUGCGGAUGUUUUGGCAUGGUAUGUGACCACUGCAAGUGUGGGCUCUGCGGUUGGGUCAGAGCUCUCCGGACGGCUUGUCUCAUCUCUGAUCGCUAGAGAAGGAUGGACGACUCUUGACGCCUAUCACGCUGUAUUCUGGGUGUAUUCAGGCAUCGGAGUAUUCAAUAUCUUGUUCACUCUCCUGCUCAGCAGAAAGUGUGAGCUUUCAGUACAGGAAGAGGCCGAGACCGAGGAGUCAGGAACUUUACUCAGCAAUCUUGAAGACCGGACCGAAGAGGGUGACGAGUCUCGACCUGCUGGUCCUCCUCUCUCAAAGCCCAAGAAAGUGGCAUUCGCUCAGGUUUCAAAGGAAACACUAUCCGUCAUGUAUAAGCUGUGGUUCCUACUUGUUGUCGACUCGCUCGCCGAUGGUAUGGUUGGGUAUUCGUUGACCGUUUAUUACCUGGAUCAGAAGUUCAGCCUCAGCAAAUCAUCAUUGGGAGACAUUGUCUCGAUAAGCUAUUUCCUCUCCUCGUUCUCGACGAUCUUCGCUGGUCCACUUGCUCGACGCCUAGGCCUGAUCAACACUAUGGUUUUCACUCACCUACCGUCAUCGGCUGCAGUACUUCUCUUUCCAGCACCUAGCUCCGUCAUCAUAACUGUUGCGUUGUUCUUCCUGCGUACGGGCUUGAAUAACAUGGACCAAGCACCUCGAUCUGCUUUCCUUGCCGCAGUCGUGAAAGAGGACGAGCGGACCGCUGUCAUGGGUAUCACUAGCACAUUGAGAACCUUGGCUGCAACAGCUGGACCAACCGUGACGGGUGUGCUUGCUGGACAAGACCGUUUUUGGAUUGCGUUUGUCGCAGCCGGGACGCUCCGAAUUGCAUACGAUCUUGGACUGUGGGCCAUGUUCGUUAAUAUGAAGCUGUAUCAGCACGAGAAGACCGAUGUCGAGGAACGUUACGAGGAGGUUGAUACGCGGGAAGAAAUCAGUUCUAGCGAUUCAGAAGGCAGAGCUAGGAAUUGAGUGAUAUGAAGUCCUGCUCUGAUACUCCAAUGCCUCGGUCUUUGGAGCACCCUGCCUCAGUACGAGAACUGCGAACCACCAAGCUGACGUGGCAUUGAAGCUGUGCAGGUCUCAAAGUUGCCGCCGUGUCCUCAGAAUAGCCCAAACACCACCACCCGACCUGCCACCACAAUGCAACUUGCGUGCUGUGAAAUUCGCCCAAGGCCAUACAGUGUAUGGUCAAAUCCUCCUCAGCUGCUGCUGCUCGUUGAUCAGUCAUGACAUACUUGUCACAAGUGUGCUCUCUGCUUACCGUGCUAGCGCUCCAUCGAUCAACGACCAGAGAAGACGCAAUAGGAUACCCGUAUUCAUGCUCGCCUUGAAUAGUCAGCC